AUGUCCGCCAACUUCUCCAGCAUCCCCAUCCUCGACUACGCCCUCCUCUCCAGCCCAGACACCCGGGGCACCUUCGUCGCCCAGCUGCGGCACGCCCUCAUCAACGUCGGCUUCCUCUACCUCUCCCACGCGCCCGUCGACCCCGCCGACGUCGCCGCCGUGGCCGCGUACGCCCCCCGCCUCUUCGACCUCCCGCAGGCGGCCAAGGACCGCGUGCGCAUGGCGCGCUCGCCCCACUUCUUCGGGUACUCCCGCCUCGGCGCGGAGCUCACCAAGGGGCGCGCGGACCAGCGCGAGCAGUUCGACUUUGGGACCGCGUGCGACGCGCGCCCCUGGCGCGCGGGCGACCCGGAGUACCUCCGCCUCUGGGGGCCGUCCCAGUGGCCGGACGAGGCGCUCCUCCCCGGGUUCAGAGCCACCUUCCUGCGCUACCUCGCGCAGCUCGAGGCGCUCAGCGCCGCCUUCACGCGCCUGCUCGCCGAGGCGCUCGGGCACGCGCCCGGCGCGCUCGACGCGUUCUUCGAGGACGCGGCGCACAUGCAGCACCGCGCCAAGGUCGUCAAGUACCCCGCGCGCGCGCCGGGGGCGGGGGGCGAGCCCGACCAGGGGGUCGGGCCGCACUUUGACUCGGGCUUCCUCACCUUCCUGCUGCAGGCGACGGAGCACCCCGGGCUGCAGGUGCAGAACCUCGCGGGGGAGUGGGUGGACGCCCCGCCGCUCCCGGGCACGUUCGUCGUCAACAUCGGGAAAGGGCUGGAGGUGGCGACGCGCGGCGCGGCGCGCGCGACCUCGCACCGCGUGCGCUCCCCGCCCCCCGGGUCGACCGCGCGCUACUCCGUCCCGUUCUUCCAGAACAUCGCGCAGGGCAUCUUGGUCCGCGAGCAUCUCUUGGAGCGUGCGUCCCCCUCCUUCCCCUUCCCCUUCCCCUUCCCCUCGUUGCGUUCGGUUCGGUUUGGGGCGCUGAUGUUGC